AUGGUGGUCAACGUGACUAUAGCGGGAGCAGCAGCAGGGUCAGGGGAGGGAGGGAGGAGGGGAGAGGAGGAGGCAGAUGAGAGAGGUGCGAGAGCGAGGGCUGCUGCGCUGCAGAAGUGGCUAGAGGAGGGGUAUGCGCUGCUGUAUGGCUCCCAUAGCCCUCCUGAUGCCUAUGGCUCUCCUGAUGUCUAUGGUACUCGUGAUGCCCCUGGUGCUCCUGAUGUCUAUGGUACUCGUGAUGGCGUUGGUGCGUCUUCUGGUGGUGUUCGUGAUGGCGUUGGUGGCAGUGAUUAUGCUGAUUCUUUGAAUUCAGGAAAGGCUGGCGCAUGCGCGGGAGAAUUAGCGGCAGAGGCAGCACAGGCAGCACCACCAAGCCCAGUACGAGUAGAUUCGGCAGCAGCAGCACCAGCAGACCCAGCAGAUCCAACAGGAACAGUCUCAGCAACAAGAGGGUCAGCAGAGUUAUCCCCGUUUAAGGGUGCUUCGUUUCUGCAAGUGCCGUUUCUGGAAGUGGAGAAGAUACCGGAAGGGCAGAGGUCGGCUGUAGCGUCAGCUGUAGCCAGGGAGAUGUGGACGGCAGGCGCCGCCCAUAUCGUGGCGGAGAUCUGCCGCCAGGGUGCUGCUGGAGCUGGAAGCAGGAGCAGCAGCAGCAGCAGCAGCAGCAGCAGCAGCUCUGCUGGUGACUCUCGUGCUCCUGCUGGCGAUGCUGCUGCUGCUGCUGCUGCUGGUGCUGGUGGGUUGAGCAUGGGUCGGAUGAGGAUGAGGAGAAGAAGUACGAGCCUUGAAGCUGGUGUGCGGGAGGCAGCAGCAAGCGGGCGGCAUGCCACAGAAAGUGGGCGGCAUGCCACAGAAAGUGGGCGGCAUGCAGUGGCUGAAGGUGGAAGGCAGAGGAAGAGUGGUGCUCAUAACCAGGGAUGGAUCAACGGAGAAGUGAAGAGAGAUAUGGAUUUGAAGGCGUUGGGAGGAGGAGAAUCGGCUAUUAGGGAAGAUGAGAGGGAGGCAUGGAGGAAGGCGUGGAGGGAGGCAGGGAGGGAAGCAACGAGGCAAGCAGGGAGCGAGGCAGGGGGUGGGGAGCAGGAGGGCGGAAGUGAGGCGCGGGGAGUAGAGAAACGGGGAAGAAUUAAGCGUGGGAGCAGCAAGAAUUUGAGGAGUACGGAUGGGGGGCGUGUGGGGGGGAUGGAUGGUGCACAUGCAGCUAUGGGGGGGAUUGGUGUGGCAUGGGAGAGGGGAGCUGCAGCAUCUGGGGCCAAUGACAACAACCGUGCCCGGGACCUUGUACAUCUGGCGGCCCAGGCGCCCUUGGCUCAGCAGCGCCUGGUGGCGGCUCAUUCAGGGCUGGUGCACUCCAUUGCUCGCCGCUUCUUCGGCCACGGGGUGUCCCUCUCCGACCUCUACCACGCGGGAGUGACGGCUCUGCUGCGAGCUGCAGCAACCUACAACCCCAAUCUCGCCUCUCGAGCCUCAGACCCCCCCACUCAACAACCCACCAACUCCGCCCAAUUGAGAGCACAAGGGGAGGAUAAGAAGGAGAAGGGGGAUAAAGAGGAGAAGGAGCGGAAGGAGAAUAAGGAGGGUAAGGUGAAGGCAUGGCAGGAGGACGAGUAUGGAAUGAGGAAGGGCCGGCUGUGGGCCCUGCCCGGGCUGCGGAGGAGAGCUGGAGUGGAGGGCAAACGGGGAAAGGCAGUGAGGGGGGGAGGGGAUUUGGUGGAGGGAGGAAGCAAAGAGAAUGCGGGGAUGAGAGGAGAAGAGGAAGGGAAGGGGUUGGGGCAAAGGGUGUGUGAAGGGCCAGCUGACAUUACACAGAAGGCGAUGCAGGAGGAGAAGGGCCUUGCAAUCAACUCAAAUGAAGAGCAGGGAGAGGUGGUGGAGAAGAAGGAGGAGCAGCAGCAGGCGAUGUCCUUCUCAUCAUGGGCCAGCCGUCUUGUUUACCAGACCCUCCAGCAGGAGGUGUGGCGCCGGUCGCCAGUCUUCUCCUUCCCACGCUACGCCUACUUUCAGUACGCCGAGAUUUCGGCUGCCUAUGCUUCUUUCCGCAAGCAGCACGCCCGGGAACCCACCCUCGCAGACCUCUCAGCUGCCACCAGCCUCUCACCCCAACGGAUCGUGACUGUAUCGAGGGCCAUGAGGCGAGUGAAGAACCCACUCUCCUUCGACGUCUCCUCCCUGCCCAACCGCACACACGCUGAGACGUUCUCCUCUGAUAAAACAGACCCCUGGCAGCAUCUACUGGACUCGGAGCACCUGGUCCUCCUCUCACACGCUCUCUCCUCCCUCGACCCGCACCGCCGCCUCGUCGUUGCAACGACGUUCGCCGUUCCUCUCCCUGACUUGCACCGCCCUCGCCCCCUUCGUUUCUGCACCCUGAAUGAGCAGAUUCUGGAGCUUCGGUUUGGCUUGCGGGGGUCUCGCCAAGUCUCACAAGAGGAGGUGAGUGCAUGCUUCGGUGUGGCCUGCAUGCAUCAUUCCACUUGGUGCACCAUUUGA